AGCAGCCAAUGGGGUGGUCCGAAACGGGAGCGGUGCAGGAGGCGAAGACAGACCGAGCGACAGCGCCUGAUUUCCGGGGAAGAUCAUCAGGGAGCCUCCGUGGGAGAAAACAGCCUGCAACACAGCUAAGAUGCCGAAUAAAAGCAAGAAGGAGAAGGAACCAUCCAAAGGGGCUAAAGGCAGCAUGAAGAACAGUAACAGUGUUGGGGGGGGGAAAGAGGCUGCUGCAGAGAACUCCGAGGAGGCCCAGCAGCAGCAGAGCGGCAGUAAGCGUCCCAGCAACAGCAUGCCCCCCCCCACUCAGCUCAACAAGAUCAAAUACUCUGCUGGCCCACAGCUGGUGAAGAAGGAGCGCCGGCAGAGCUCGUCCCGCUUCAGCCUCACCAAGAACCGAGAGCUGCAGAAGCUGCCCGCCCUCAAAGACUCCCCCCUGGUGGAACGGGAAGAUCUGUUUGUUCAGAAGCUGCGUCAGUGCUGCGUUCUGUUUGACUUCGUCAGCGACCCGCUGAGCGACCUGAAGUUCAAAGAGGUGAAGAGAGCCGGCCUCAACGAGAUGGUGGAGUACAUCACCCACAGCAGCCAGGUGGUGACGGAGAGUAUCUACCCUGAGGCCGUGUUCAUGUUCUCGGUGAACUUGUUUAGGACUCUCCCUCCGUCCUCUAACCCGACCGGAGCAGAGUUUGAUCCUGAGGAGGACGAGCCAACGCUGGAGGCCGCCUGGCCACACCUGCAGCUCGUCUACGAGUUCUUCCUGCGCUUCCUCGAGUCUCCGGACUUCCAGCCAAACAUCGCCAAGAAAUACAUCGACCAGAAGUUUGUGAUGUCGCUGCUGGAGCUGUUUGACAGCGAGGAUCCCAGAGAGAGAGACUUCCUGAAGACCAUCCUGCACCGGAUCUAUGGGAAGUUCCUCGGCCUACGAGCCUACAUCCGCCGCCAGAUAAACAACAUCUUCUACAGAUUCAUCUACGAGACAGAACAUCACAACGGCAUCGCUGAGCUGCUGGAGAUCCUGGGGAGCAUCAUCAACGGCUUCGCUCUGCCUCUGAAGGAGGAGCACAAGAUGUUCCUGAUCCGAGUUCUGCUGCCGCUGCACAAAGUCAAGUCUCUGAGCGUCUACCACCCUCAGCUAGCCUACUGUGUGGUUCAGUUCCUGGAGAAGGAGAGCAGCCUGACCGAGUCUGUCAUCAUGGGUCUGCUGAAGUUCUGGCCGAAGACACACAGUCCAAAGGAGGUGAUGUUCCUGAAUGAGCUUGAGGAGAUCCUGGACGUCAUCGAGCCCUCGGAGUUCGUCAAGGUCCAGGAGCCGCUUUUCCGUCAGCUGGCCAAGUGUGUGUCCAGCCCGCACUUCCAGGUGGCAGAGAGGGCUCUGUAUUACUGGAACAACGAGUACAUCAUGAGUCUGAUCAGCGACAACGCCGCCAAGAUCCUCCCCAUCAUGUUCCCCGCGCUCUACAAGAACUCCAAGAGCCACUGGAACAAGACGAUCCACGGGCUGAUCUACAACGCUCUGAAGCUCUUCAUGGAGAUGAACCAGAAACUGUUCGACGACUGCACCCAGCAGUACAAGGCCGAGAAACAGAGAGAGAAGUUUAAGCUGAAGGAGAGAGAGGAGAUCUGGCAAAAGAUUGAGGAGCUCGCCCAGAAGAACCCUCAGAUCAAUAAGCUCCGCCCCAGGCUCCACCCACAGGAAGAGUACAUGCUGUACAGUGACAGUACUGCGGCUGUGUACUCGAUGGAGACGGAGACGCCCACAGUGGAGGACAUCCAGCUGCUGAAGAAGACCGUGGAGAGCGAAGCCUCACAGGGUCUGAAGGACCUGAAGAAGGAGAAGGUCUUGUCGCGCAGGAAGUCGGAGCUGCCUCAGGACGUUUACACCAUCAAAGCUCUUGAGGCUCACAAGAGGGCAGAGGAAUACCUGACAGCCAAUCAGGAGGCUCUCUGACCGGGGGACGGGGCCUCCUGAGCAAGACUCUCUCCAAUUGGAAGAAUCUGAGGACUGGCCCCGGGGUCUGACCCCUGCUGGCCGAGAGGACACUGUAGACAUCAUGUUUCACCUCCAUCUGCUCCAGACGCUUCCUGAACGCACCACCAGCAGGCUUCUCUCAUCUCUCCUCCGUCCUCGAACACAUCACGUUUACAUUUUAUAAACCGAGACGCACCAGGAGGAGUCUCAGAAACACUUAUUUAGAACCCCCAAACUAAAAACAAUCUUUAUUAUAUAAAAAAUGUUCCUAAAUCUCGUGGAAUAAAAGACGUUUAACGUUGUUCAGAAAUCCCGAAGGUUUCUCUGAAACGUAAACAGGUUUCUGUGGCAUGUGAAGGAGUUAAACUAUCGGCACCCGUGCAGCAUCACCUGAACGCAUCACGGAGCCCUGCCCUCUCCGUCUGGCCGACCAUUCACAUGUCAGCACCGAGUACCGCCCUCUCCACCAAUCACACGGAGCCGGUGAAUGUAGACAUUUGUUUUAAAACUUCUAUUCUGAAGUUUCAGUUUGAUGUCAGCAUCUUUCGACUUACCCAGUGCUGUUAAUACACAUUUCCCCCCCCUGAUGACUUGUCCUCAGACCCUGAUUAUAGCACAUUAAUAUAUCCCGCCAAAAUAAGAGUCUCAUCAGUGCUGACGAUCAUGUUUUAAUAUCAGUUCACAAAUUAAACUGUAAAUCUUAACUGAAUGUAACUCCCAUGAUCCUUUGCUUUUCACAGGAGCGUCACGUGAUCAUUUUGAAAUCAGUUUAUUAUUUAUUGCAGAUUCAAUCUUUCCGUAUUCAAAUAGCAACGCUCCCCUUUACAUGAACACAUUGAACCUCUCACUGCGGAGGCCCAGAGCAGCCUGUUGCUCUCCUCAGACCCCGGUGAUUCAAUGAUCUCCAGAUCUCCUGUUAAUGACUGAAAACAAAGCGAACCAUAAAAGAACACGUCUGAUCUCCAGGUAACAAGAGAAAAUAUGAAAAUAUUAUUGUUGUUGUCACGUGACUGGAGCCACGCCCCUACUGCAGGCCACGCCCCCUUGUGACGUCACUUCUGUUUCCUGUCGGCUGGUUUCCGAUCAGUCGCUGCACGCCGUCGUGUGAUUGGCUGUCAAUCAUUCCAGGUGUGUUAGCCCUGCCCACUUCUCUCGCCGCUGGACAGUUUCUUCAAAACGUCCUGAUUUCAAUAUAUAGGACAUACAUAGGACAGAUCUAAAGGUAACAUAGGACAGAUCUAAAGCUCUAAAGGUAACGUAGGACAGAUCUAAAGCUCUAAAGGUAACGUAGGACAGAUCUAAAGAUAACAUAGGACAGAUCUAAAGCUCUAAAGGUAACGUAGGACAGAUCUAAAGAUAACAUAGGACAGAUCUAAAGCUCUAAAGGUAACGUAGGACAGAUCUAAAGAUCUAAAGGUAACAUAGGACAGAUCUAAAGGUAACGUAGGACAGAUCUAAAGCUCUAAAGGUAACGUAGGACAGAUCUAAAGCUCUAAAGGUAACGUAGGACAGAUCUAAAGCUCUAAAGGUAACGUAGGACAGAUCUAAAGGUAAUGUAGGACAGAUCUAAAGCUCUAAAGGUAACGUAGGACAGAUCUAAAGCUCUAAAGGUAACGUAGGACAGAUCUAAAGGUAACGUAGGACAGAUCUAAAGAUAACAUAGGACAGAUCUAAAGCUCUAAAGGUAACGUAGGACAGAUCUAAAGCUCUAAAGGUAACGUAGGACAGAUCUAAAGCUCUAAAGGUAACGUAGGACAGAUCUAAAGCUCUAAAGGUAACGUAGGACAGAUCUAAAGCUCUAAAGGUAACGUAGGACAGAUCUAAAGGUAACGUAGGACAGAUCUAAAGAUCUAAAGGUAACGUAGGACAGAUCUAAAGGUAACGUAGGACAGAUCUAAAGAUCUAAAGGUAACGUAGGACAGAUCUAAAGGUAACGUAGGACAGAUCUAAAGCUCUAAAGGUAACGUAGGACAGAUCUAAAGGUAACGUAGGACAGAUCUAAAGCUCUAAAGGUAACGUAGGACAGAUCUAAAGGUAACGUAGGACAGAUCUAAAGAUCUAAAGGUAACGUAGGACAGAUCUAAAGGUAACGUAGGACAGAUCUAAAGAUCUAAAGGUAACGUAGGACAGAUCUAAAGGUAACGUAGGACAGAUCUAAAGCUCUAAAGGUAACGUAGGACAGAUCUAAAGGUAACGUAGGACAGAUCUAAAGCUCUAAAGGUAACGUAGGACAGAUCUAAAGCUCUAAAGGUAACGUAGGACAGAUCUAAAGGUAACGUAGGACAGAUCUAAAGGUAACAUAGGACAGAUCUAAAGGUAACGUAGGACAGAUCUAAAGCUCUAAAGGUAACGUAGGACAGAUCUAAAGAUCUAAAGAUAACAUAGGACAAAUCUAAAGAUCUAAAGGUAACGUAGGACAGAUCUAAAGGUAACAUAGGACAGAUCUAAAGAUCUAAAGGUAACGUAGGACAGAUCUAAAGGUAACAUAGGACAGAUCUAAAGGUAACAUAGGACAGAUCUAAAGAUCUAAAGGUAACGUAGGACAGAUCUAAAGGUAACGUAGGACAGAUCUAAAGGUAACGUAGGACAGAUCUAAAGGUAACAUAGGACAGAUCUAAAGAUCUAAACGUAACGUAGGACAAAUCUAAAACUCUAAAGGUAACGUAGGACAGAUCUAAAGAUCUAAAGGUAACGUAGGACAGAUCUAAAGGUAACGUAGGACAGAUCUAAAGCUCUAAAGGUAACGUAGGACAGAUCUAAAGCUCUAAAGGUAACGUAGGACAGAUCUAAAGCUCUAAAGGUAACGUAGGACAGAUCUAAAGCUCUAAAGGUAACGUAGGACAAAUCUAAAGGUAACAUAGGACAGAUCUAAAGCUCUAAAGGUAACGUAGGACAGAUCUAAAGCUCUAAAGGUAACGUAGGACAGAUCUAAAGGUAACGUAGGACAGAUCUAAAGGUAACGUAGGACAAAUCUAAAACUCUAAAGGUAACGUAGGACAGAUCUAAAGGUAACGUAGGACAGAUCUAAAGGUAACGUAGGACAGAUCUAAAGGUAACGUAGGACAGAUCUAAAGGUAACGUAGGACAGAUCUAAAGGUAACGUAGGACAGAUCUAAAGCUCUAAAGGUAACGUAGGACAGAUCUAAAGCUCUAAAGGUAACGUAGGACAGAUCUAAAGGUAACGUAGGACAGAUCUAAAGGUAACGUAGGACAGAUCUAAAGGUAACGUAGGACAGAUCUAAAGCUCUAAAGGUAACAUAGGACAGAUCUAAAGGUAACGUAGGACAGAUCUAAAGGUAACGUAGGACAGAUCUAAAGGUAACGUAGGACAGAUCUAAAGGUAACGUAGGACAGAUCUAAAGGUAACGUAGGACAGAUCUAAAGGUAACGUAGGACAGAUCUAAAGAUCUAAAGGUAACGUAGGACAGAUCUAAAGGUAACGUAGGACAGAUCUAAAGCUCUAAAGGUAACGUAGGACAGAUCUAAAGCUCUAAAGGUAACGUAGGACAGAUCUAAAGAUCUAAAGGUAACGUAGGACAGAUCUAAAGGUAACGUAGGACAGAUCUAAAGAUCUAAAGGUAACGUAGGACAGAUCUAAAGGUAACGUAGGACAGAUCUAAAGGUAACGUAGGACAGAUCUAAAGCUCUAAAGGUAACGUAGGACAGAUCUAAAGCUCUAAAGGUAACGUAGGACAGAUCUAAAGGUAACGUAGGACAGAUCUAAAGAUCUAAAGGUAACGUAGGACAGAUCUAAAGGUAACGUAGGACAGAUCUAAAGGUAACGUAGGACAGAUCUAAAGAUCUAAAGGUAACGUAGGACAAAUCUAAAGAUAACAUAGGACAGAUCUAAAGCUCUGAAGGUAACGUAGGACAGAUCUAAAGCUCUAAAGGUAACGUAGGACAGAUCUAAAGGUAACGUAGGACAAAUCUAAAGCUCUAAAGGUAACGUAGGACAGAUCUAAAGGUAACGUAGGACAAAUCUAAAACUCUAAAGGUAACGUAGGACAGAUCUAAAGAUAACAUAGGACAGAUCUAAAGCUCUAAAGGUAACGUAGGACAGAUCUAAAGGUAACGUAGGACAGAUCUAAAGCUCUAAAGGUAACGUAGGACAGAUCUAAAGGUAACGUAGGACAGAUCUAAAGGUAACGUAGGACAGAUCUAAAGGUAACGUAGGACAGAUCUAAAGGUAACGUAGGACAGAUCUAAAGCUCUAAAGGUAACGUAGGACAGAUCUAAAGGUAACGUAGGACAGAUCUAAAGGUAACGUAGGACAGAUCUAAAACUCUAAAGGUAACGUAGGACAGAUCUAAAGGUAACGUAGGACAGAUCUAAAGGUAACGUAGGACAAAUCUAAAGCUCUAAAGGUAACGUAGGACAGAUCUAAAGGUAACGUAGGACAGAUCUAAAACUCUAAAGGUAACGUAGGACAGAUCUAAAGGUAACGUAGGACAGAUCUAAAACUCUAAAGGUAACGUAGGACAGAUCUAAAGGUAACGUAGGACAAAUCUAAAGCUCUAAAGGUAACGUAGGACAAAUCUAAAACUCUAAAGGUAACGUAGGACAGAUCUAAAGGUAACGUAGGACAGAUCUAAAACUCUAAAGGUAACGUAGGACAGAUCUAAAGGUAACGUAGGACAAAUCUAAAGCUCUAAAGGUAACGUAGGACAAAUCUAAAGCUCUAAAGGUAACGUAGGACAAAUCUAAAGCUCUAAAGGUAACGUAGGACAGAUCUAAAGGUAACGUAGGACAAAUCUAAAGCUCUAAAGGUAACGUAGGACAGAUCUAAAGGUAACGUAGGACAGAUCUAAAACUCUAAAGGUAACGUAGGACAGAUCUAAAGGUAACGUAGGACAGAUCUAAAGGUAACGUAGGACAGAUCUAAAGCUCUAAAGGUAACGUAGGACAGAUCUAAAGGUAACGUAGGACAGAUCUAAAGCUCUAAAGGUAACGUAGGACAGAUCUAAAGGUAACGUAGGACAGAUCUAAAGGUAACGUAGGACAGAUCUAAAGCUCUAAAGGUAACGUAGGACAGAUCUAAAGCUCUAAAGGUAACGUAGGACAGAUCUAAAGGUAACGUAGGACAAAUCUAAAGCUCUAAAGGUAACGUAGGACAAAUCUAAAGCUCUAAAGGUAACGUAGGACAAAUCUAAAGCUCUAAAGGUAACGUAGGACAGAUCUAAAGGUAACGUAGGACAAAUCUAAAGCUCUAAAGGUAACGUAGGACAGAUCUAAAGGUAACAUAGGACAGAUCUAAAGAUCUAAAGGUAACGUAGGACAGAUCUAAAGGUAACGUAGGACAGAUCUAAAACUCUAAAGGUAACGUAGGACAGAUCUAAAGGUAACGUAGGACAGAUCUAAAGGUAACGUAGGACAGAUCUAAAGGUAACGUAGGACAAAUCUAAAGCUCUAAAGGUAACGUAGGACAGAUCUAAAGGUAACGUAGGACAGAUCUAAAGGUAACGUAGGACAGAUCUAAAGCUCUAAAGGUAACGUAGGACAGAUCUAAAGGUAACGUAGGACAGAUCUAAAGGUAACGUAGGACAGAUCUAAAGGUAACGUAGGACAAAUCUAAAGCUCUAAAGGUAACGUAGGACAGAUCUAAAGGUAACGUAGGACAGAUCUAAAGGUAACGUAGGACAAAUCUAAAACUCUAAAGGUAACGUAGGACAGAUCUAAAGGUAACGUAGGACAAAUCUAAAGCUCUAAAGGUAACGUAGGACAGAUCUAAAGGUAACGUAGGACAGAUCUAAAGCUCUAAAGGUAACGUAGGACAGAUCUAAAGGUAACGUAGGACAGAUCUAAAGGUAACGUAGGACAGAUCUAAAGGUAACGUAGGACAGAUCUAAAGGUAACGUAGGACAGAUCUAAAGCUCUAAAGGUAACGUAGGACAGAUCUAAAGGUAACGUAGGACAGAUCUAAAACUCUAAAGGUAACGUAGGACAGAUCUAAAGGUAACGUAGGACAGAUCUAAAGGUAACGUAGGACAGAUCUAAAGGUAACGUAGGACAGAUCUAAAGGUAACGUAGGACAGAUCUAAAGCUCUUCGAGUCGGACGUUUCUGAAACGUAUUUGUGCUUCAUGGACUUGAAGGUAAUUUAAUCGUCUUGACUCGGCUUUUAAACGCUCUGAGAUUUGAAUUGGAUUUCUGUUUAACUUAAACUCAAUUAAACCUAAGACCCUAAAGUGUUGGAUCGUCAUCAGACUGAAGGAACGUCAGGUCAGGUUUCUGUCCGGCGGCGAGACUUCAGAGGAAGCGUCUCGUCUGUGCAGCUGCUCUUUACUGAAAACACCACAGUAUCAAAGUAUGCUUUUGUACAGAUGUUCAUGUACAGAGAAAAUCAAACCAAUAAAUGUUUAACAAUCA